AUAUACUGAUACUACCUAUGCAUGUCACUGGCAUAUGAAGAAGCUAGACACUGUAAUCACCGAUUACUAAGAGUAUGGAUUGGGUGAUCUUGCUAGCAGCACUUCCUCUUUUACUGGUUCUUGUCUUCCAAAAAUACAAAAAUGCGCCUCGUCUACCUCCAGGCCCGAAGGGGCUUCCCUUUAUUGGCAACUUACACCAAAUGGAAAGCCACAACCCUCAACAUUUCAUGCACAGGCUCUCCAAGAUUUAUGGUCCGAUCAUGUCAUUCAAGAUUGGUUCAAAGCGAGUGGUGGUGGUGUCCUCGGCCGAACUGGCUAAGGAGGCGCUCAAAACCCAAGACCUAAACUUUUGUAACAGGCCCCUCCUCUGCGGCCAGCAGAAGAUGUCUUACAAGGGCUUGGAUCUGGGUUUUGGCCAAUACACUCCUUACUAUAGGGAGAUGAGGAAACUCUAUGUGAUCAACCUCUUCAGCCCUAAAACCGUUCAAAGCUUUAGUCCCGUAAGAGUUGAUGAAGUGUCCCGUAUGAUGGACAAGAUGACCAAAGCUGCUCUCAAGGCUGAGAUCAUCGACUUGAGCGAAAUGAUGUUGUCGUUUACUAACGCUGUGGUUUGCAGGACGGCUUUUGGUAAAAGAUACGCCGAGUAUGGAGAAGAAAUGAGAAGGUUUAUCGAGUUGUUGUACGAGACACAAGCCAUGUUGGGAGUUUUCUUUUUCACUGAUUACUUUCCUUAUUUGGGUUGGCUUGAUCAUUUUACCGGACUCCGCUCUCGCCUUAACAAAGCUGCCAAAGCACUUGAUAUCUUCUUGCAAGGAAUCAUCAACGAGCGACUCGACCCAAACAUGCCCAAACCCGAGAAGGAGUGCCUUAUUGACCUUUUACUCCAGUUUUGCAAGGAUCAACCAUUUUCAUCAGUCGAGUUCACUCAUCAAAACGUCAAGGCACUCAUCAUGGACGUAGUUAUUGCUGGAACGGACACCGCGGCAGCUGCAGUGGUCUGGGCGAUGACCUACCUAAUGAAGAAUCCGGAAGCCCUGAAGAAAGUUCAAGAAGAAGUGAGAUCGUUAGUUGGGGAUAGAGGGUAUGUGACUGAAGAUGACGUUCCAAAUCUAACAUACAUGAAAGCUGUAGUAAAAGAAGCGUUGAGAUUGGAACCGGUGAUCCCUUUGCUACUACAUCGGGAAGCACUAGAGGACUGCAAGAUCGGAGGCUAUGACAUACCGGCCAAAACGAUACUUCAAGUGAAUGCGUGGGCAAUCGCCAGGGACCGUGAAGCUUGGGGGCAGAACCCAGAAGAGUUUCGACCAGAGAGGUACAUAGACAAGCCCGUUGACUAUAAAGGUCAAGACUUCGAGCUAAUACCAUUUGGGUCCGGACGAAGAAUGUGUCCGGGCAUGCACUUGGGAGUUGCCAUGCUGGAGCUUCCUUUCGCAAAUUUGCUUUACAAGUUUGAUUGGGAAUUGCCUCCCGGGGUUAAAGCAGAGGAGAUUAAAAUGGAUGUUAUGACCGGCUUAGCCAUGCACAAGAAGGAUCAUCUCUUGCUUUUGCCUAAGAAGCACAUAUGAUAUAUGUAUGGUAGAACGUCGCGACCUGUACUUAAUUCAAGAAAAUAAGUGUUUCGUGUUAUAUAUUUACAUAUAUAACACUCAUCUUUUUAGUGGAGGAAACCCUACAGUUUCCUCUGAAAGUAAAAAAAGAAAAAGAAAAAAAGACCUACAUGUAUGGAUUCAUGGCUUUGAACCCAGUUUCUUGCUUGAUUUGAUCUGCUUUCAUAAUGUAGAAAUGUAUGUAAACUGAAAUGUUUUUCUUUAAGCACUAA